AUGGCCGCCAACACCGAACAGCUCGACAGGCGGGCGAGAGCGAUUGCGACGGAGCUCUACAGGCGCGUCGAUGGCGGCUCCGGGUGCGCCGAACUAGCUGCCGUGCUGCAAGAGUACCGUGCCGCCUGCGAGGCCCUCAUCUGCAACUUCGAAUACGCGACCGCCCACGAACUCCAGACGGCGCUGUGGAACGCCCAUCUCAAGGUCAACGCCGCUUUCCGACAAGAACACAAGCUUCUCAAGCGCUCCAAGGACCAUGUCGUGGAGGUCCGAAAGUUUCAAAAGACCUAUCUCCAAUUCAUCAAGGCCAGCCAGCGCUUCUACCGUCAGUAUAUUUUGAAUCUUGAUGCCCAAUUCCAUGGCAUUCCUGAGCUGCGCAAGAUUGCCCAGAAAUGGAAGGAUGACACCUCCAAAUCGUCUCCGCGCCGACCCAUUCCUGCGAAUUGGAAGACGCAGGUCCUCUUUUCGUGCCACCAGACACUCAUCCAACUCGGCGAUCUCUCCCGCUACCGCGAGACCGAACUCGUCGAUAAGAACAAAGAGCGCAAUUGGGGCCCCGCCAAGGGAUAUUACGAUUUGGCGGCUGAGAUUUACCCAGACUCUGGACACGCACCGAAUCAGCUCGCCGUAAUUGCGCGUGAGGACGGUGACCACUUCCGUUGCGUGUACCACCUGUACCGCUCACUUGCAAGCAAAGAACCAUACCCUCAGGCCAAAGCCAACCUGGCCACCGAAUUCAAGCGCGUUAUCGCUGCAUGGGACAACGGACAGCUCAUCAACAACCACAAAUCAGCCGAAGGAACGACUGGUCGUGCUCUUAUUGCAUGGUUCAUCCGAUUGCAUAGCAAGAUCUAUAAGGGCGAGGAAUUCGCAGCACACGAUGAGUUGGAAGGCGAGGUACUCAGCCAUCUAGCCAUUGAACUCAAGGAACGUCCGCUGGAUUCUAUUUUGACCAAGAUAAUUCUCAUCAAUAUGUCAGCAGAGUACUUUGCUACCGUCCAGCUGCAAAGCGAAAAUCCACCUCCCAACAUUAUGCGCACAUAUUUCUACUACCUCCGUCUUAAUGUCAAGACCUUCUUCAUUCUCCUGCAGGUUUUGCAGCCAGAACUGGACCGUCUGUCGGAAGGCAACGACGUGAAGCACCAAAAUGGAGAACGCACGAUGCAACUCUCAGACAAAAUCACCGCUGUGGCCCGCCGUAUUCUGCCAGGACUUCGUCUGUACAGCACAUGGUUCACACGCUACUGGCAGGUCCUUAAUGCCAACAUUGCUGACACCCUAAACACUGUCGACGUGCAAGAGCUGUGGAAGGCAUAUGCCGCAACGCUCUCCCUCCUGGCUUCCAGUUUCCCGGUCGAUCAGCUGCCUAAGGAAGUCUACAUGCUCGAGGAGGAUACAGACACCAUUGGGUUUGAGCCCCUUAUUCAUCCUGACACUAUGAAGGUGUGGUACAACGGAGACAAGAUGAAACCAAAGUGGAGCGAAUUGAACCGGAACCAUCCGAAUGUUGAGAUGCUCAUGCGAGUCAAAGACCUACUAAUCGAUGGUCUGCUUCUUGUACAGAACCCGGAUGCUCCUUUGGACCUCGCAGGCCCGCGAUUUAUCUACCGGGAAGAAGGGGUGCCAUCUGAAUUGUUAGCGAGCCCCACCAACCAGCCUGACGGCUCUCCUGUUUUGUCUGUGCAAGCAGCUGAUAUGCCUCUUUUUCAGCAUGUAGAGGCACCGAUUCCAGAUGACCAAAAGUCUUACAGUGUUGCUGCAGCCUCGGAAUCCGCAUCUAUCACGCUCGCCAAGGACAACGCGAUGCGAAACAUGGUAGAUGAUCUGGUAGGAGAGGAGGCCGGAUUGGACCCACUGGUCGAAGAGGAUGAAAACAUUCCACCCACUCCACCGGAGCAGACAUUUGAUGACACCACUGUUGUCAAUGAUACCACGUACGCUCCGGCAUCUUAUUCGAUCAAUGACUUGGUCAACUCGGUCAGGAACUACAAGCCCUUCUCUCCUGCUCCUGCGCCUGGAUUACUUUCUACACCCAUGGGUAGGACUGCAUCUACUUCUUCCAUCCGCCAGCCACCGAACCUGCCCUCAGUACCCGAUGGUCAGUCGAAUUCGAACUCCAUCUGGAACCGCGCGCCCGGCCCAGCAUCACCGCCCAUGAUGAAUUCCAAUGGGUUUGGGAAUGAUGUUCGUAGGUCUCCUAUGAUUGGUACCAAGGCUGGUAUGUCUGGUCAUGUACGAGGAGAUUCGGCAAACUCCCUUCUGAGUGCUGACGUCCUGACCCCUACUACUAACCGGACCCUACGGCCCAUUAGCGGUAGUUUUAGUGGCGGUCUUGGCAGUGGUGCCGCUUGGGGAAACCAAGGAAGCAGCCCCGUGCCGUGGGGAUCUGCCACGUAUAGUAACAACUUCAACAACAGCCAAUACGGAUAUGCCCCCAAUGUCAACAUGGCGAGUCCGCUACUGUUCAACUCAUAUGGCGAGGGCACCAGUAAUGCAUGGGGCCAUACGCCGCCCAACGGCCAAGGCGGUUGA